AUGGACGCAAUCAAGAAGCGCAUGGAAGCCCUCCGGGUGGAGGCGGACGAUUCAGCGGCCAAGGUCGAGGAGCUUCAGGCGAAAGUGAAGUCGCUGGAGCAAGAGAACCUGCAGAAAGAGCAAGAAAUCACGUCCCUCCAACACAAGCAGCGAGUCUUGGAGCAGGAGGUGGAGAAGGUGGAAGGGAUGCACCAAAAGGCCAAGGGCGAGGCGGAGCAGUCGGCACAGCACGGUACCCAGAACGAGUCCCUCCAGCGUAAGGUGCAGGUGCUCGAGGAGGAGCUCGAACAGAAUGACAAGAAUCUGCGGGAGACCAAUGAAAAGCUCCGCCAGACUGAUGUCAAGGCCGGCCACUUUGAGCGCAAGGUUCAAGCAUUGGAGAAUGACCGUGACCAGUGGGAGCAAAAGUACGAGGAGAUGGCAAAGAAGUACGCCGCCACCAAGAAGGAGCUGGACGACUUUGCCGCGGAAAUUGGCAAUCUUUAA